AAAUUACUAUACAAAACAACCAGAAAAAAAAUAAUCCAAAACCAAACCUCCCCCAAAUUUUUAUUUUUAGGGUUUCAAGCCGACCCGCCAAAUCCUCUCCUACUUGUUUUUGUUUUUGUUUUGUUUUUUCCCAAUCUUUCCUUGAGCGACGGCAUUUUUUUAUGAUCCGCAUUAUUGAUUCGGAUCCUAACAAUGGCGUCGUCGUCGCCGCCGCCGCCUCCGCCUGCUUCCGUCACCAGAUCGGAGCCUCCUAAAGUCUCACCGGCGAUGGAGUCUGAUGAAGAGACAGCUUUAACAAGCAAAAUGGUUUUAUCAGUUAUUGAAUCAUUAAAGAAGCAAGUUGCAGCUGACCGAUGUUUUUAUGUUAUGAAAAGGAUGGAAGACAACAAACAGAAGUUGGUUGGUGUUACGAACCACCUCUAUAAGCUGUCAAAGGAAAGGAAGAACAGUUGGAUUAGUGAUACUGACAAUAGUGUAGAUUUAUUUACAAAGAGGCAAAAGGAUGCACUCAGUAUGCAUGGUGGUAUUGAUUCAAUUAAUGUAGAUAAAGAUAGUCGUGGCUCUGAAGAAGAUGUUAAUACUUCUACUGCAGUUCUUUUGGGAUCCAGUAUCCCAGUAAAGAAUGCAGUACGGCCAAUUAAGCUACCUGAAGUGAAGAGGUUACCCCCUUACACAUCAUGGAUUUUUUUGGACAGAAAUCAAAGAAUGACAGAGGACCAAUCGGUGCUUGGUCGAAGGAGAAUUUAUUAUGACCAAAAUGGGGGUGAAGCACUAAUCUGCAGUGACAGUGAAGAGGAAAUAAUUGAUGAAGAAGAGGAGAAGCGAGAUUUUUUAGAAUCUGAAGAUUAUAUUCUACGGAUGACUAUAAAAGAAGCUGGAUUGUCCGAUCCAGUUGUGGAAUCACUAGCAGAGUGUUUUUCUAGAAGUUCUAGUGAAGUCAAGGCAAGAUUUGAGGUUCUUAAGAAGGAAGAGAAGGCCGUGGAGGAUUCUAAGAAUAAAGAUAAUGAAGCACAAACACUGAAUUCUUUUCUUGAUAAAGAUCUUGAAGUUGCUUUGGAUUCUUUUGACAACCUAUUUUGUCGCCGAUGUCUUGUAUUUGAUUGUAGAUUACAUGGAUGUUCACAGGAUCUUAUCUUCCCUGCUGAGAAACAAUCUCCAUGGAGCUAUCCAGAUGAUAACAUAACAUGUGGUCCACAGUGCUACAAAUCGGUUUUGAAAUCAGAGAGAAUUUCUUCAGGGAUUUCUCCUGAGCGUGGGUUUAUUGAAGAAAAUUCUGUUUGUCAAUCAGAUGGUGCUGGGGUGCCUAUAACAUCAAGAAAGAAAUCUUCUGCUCCAUCUGCCAACCGGAGGGUGAAGUCCUGCCAAAGUGAAAGUGCUUCGUCAAAUGCAAAAAACAUUUCAGAGAGCAGUGACUCAGAGAUUGGACCUCGGCAAGACACCUCUCCCACUAGUCAGUUGUCACCUUCCAAGAUUAAGCUUGUUGGGAAAAGUGGGACUUGUAAAAGGAACAGCAAGCGAGUGGCUGAACGUGUUCUAAGUUGCAUGCGGAAAAAGCAGAAGAAAAUGGUGGUUUCUGAUACUGAUUCUGUUGCUAGUGGAGGCCUUCUGUCAAGUGAUAUGAAACUUAGGUCCACUUCACACAAAGGAAAGGAAGAUGCAAGCUCUUCUUCCCAUAAGAAUUUGAAAUCUCCCACCACUGCAAGGUCUAGGAGAAAGAGUGAGUUUCAUGAUGGUCCAUCAAGUGAGAUGGUCAUGGAUCAACUUGUGCCUAGCAGUGAUGACACCUUUAGGAAAGAAGAGUUCAUGGACAAAAACACAUGUAAAAAAGAGUUAAGUGAUAACAGAUCUUGGAAAGCUAUUGAAAAAAGCCUAUUUGAGAAAGGUGUUGAGAUUUUUGGCGGGAACAGUUGCUUAAUUGCUAGGAACCUCUUAAAUGGCUUAAAGACGUGUUGGGAGGUUUUUCAAUAUAUAACUCGCUCUGAGAAUAGGCUAGCCUGUGAGGCAGGUGAUGCUGGAACUCUUGGUGAAGGCUACUCCAAGUUUGACUGCAGCGGAACAGUGGGUAAGAAUGAAGCAAGAAGGAGAUCAAGAUUUCUAAGGAGAAGAGGUAGAGUUCGCCGCUUGAAGUACUCUUGGAAAUCUACUGCGUACCAUUCUAUUAGGAAGCGGAUAACUGAAAGAAAAGAUCAACCCUGCCGUCAGUAUAAUCCAUGUAGUUGCCAAGCUGCUUGUGGAAAGCAGUGCACAUGUCUGCUAAAUGGCACCUGUUGUGAGAAGUAUUGCGGAUGUCCUAAGAGUUGCAAGAACCGAUUUAGAGGCUGUCAUUGCGCUAAAAGUCAAUGUCGAAGUCGACAAUGUCCAUGCUUUGCUGCAGACAGGGAAUGUGAUCCAGAUGUCUGUAGGAAUUGCUGGGUCAGUUGUGGUGAUGGUACUCUUGGUAUCCCCAGCCAAAGGGGUGAUAAUUAUGAAUGCAGAAAUAUGAAGCUUCUUCUCAAACAACAACAAAGGGUUUUACUCGGAAGAUCUGAUGUCUCAGGCUGGGGUGCUUUCUUGAAGAGUAGUGUCGGCAAGCAUGAGUACCUGGGUGAGUACACUGGUGAGCUGAUUUCACAUAGGGAAGCAGAUAAGCGUGGGAAGAUAUAUGACCGUGAAAAUUCAUCAUUUCUCUUCAAUCUCAAUGAUCAGUUUGUUCUUGAUGCAUACCGUAAGGGUGACAAACUCAAGUUUGCCAACCACUCUCCAGAACCAAAUUGCUAUGCAAAGGUCAUAAUGGUUGCAGGGGAUCACCGAGUGGGCAUAUUCGCCAAAGAAAGGAUUAAUGCAGGGGAGGAACUUUUCUAUGAUUAUCGUUAUGAGCCAGACAGAGCCCCUGCUUGGGCUAGGAAGCCUGAAGCGUCUGGAUCAAAGAAAGAAGAUGGCGGUCAUUCAAGUGGCCGUGCCAAGAAGCUUGCUUAAUUUGAGCAUCUACUUACAUCCUCCAUUCAAAAUUUUUUGUCAAUUCUUUUACAAUUACAAGCAUCAUUCUCACUUAUCGUAGGGGAUAGGUUCAUGAUCAGUCAUUUUGUUAUCGGAGAGGCCAUUGUCAUCUCCGCCAUAACUUUAACUGACUUGUAUUCCAAUUUAGACUGAAACUAGUUGUUAACUCACCUGUACUACGAUGAUGUGGGUUGGAGCAAGAACAAACUGCAAGAAACAAAUCUUACGGUAUAUAGAUAUUGCUAAAGUGUUUCUAGUAGCAAGAAAA